AUGCCCUUUCUUCCAUCUACAAGAAAGCGUCGCUCCAAUUCGGCUCCAUUUAUCUCUUUUUCUGGAAAAGCACGCACUUUCCGCAGCUCCAUUGGUAGCCCAGCAGAUUCAAAUCCAUCCGGAUCGCACACUGGUGAACCUGUUUCUGGCGAACCAGGAUCUCGGACCAAUACGAUAUGGAAAAACAAAAAUCCGUUUCAAACGGGGAAUCAAUCCGCGAGAUCUUCAUCGCAAACGCUAACUUCAUCUUCUAUUCCAGACCCAAGAGCCUCCAUAGAUGAAGACUCGGACUCAGACACAGAUGUGCCUCUCUCUCUUUCCUUUAUGCGGCGUCCGUCUCGGUCCAAGUCGAUGGACCACAAUAUUGAACAGAUAAUGAGACUAAACACGCUGUAUAAUUCACGUUUGGGAUCCAAAGCAAAGCCAGAAAAUGGCCCUUCGCCUCAAAGCUCGACGUCAGAAGAGGAGCCGGAGUAUGUGGCAACGAGUCCCGUGAGCUUCCCGGGAAGUCCGGUUUCGGCAGAUCUGGAAGACCCAAAAUACGGCUUUCUUCAUCCUCUCGUCCGGAAGAAAUCCGGCGAGUUGGUCAAAUCCUCCCUCAGAUUGCAUCGCUUCAACUCUUCUCGAUCGUUGCCAGCCACUCCCACAUACAAGCAAGUCCAUUUUGGGGGAGGCAUCGAUGUCAAGUAUUUCAGAAGCAAAGAUAAGCCUUCCUCGAUCAGUGUGUGCAACUCACCGGACAUGGAUUCGUCCAGCAGCUCCAGCAGCUACGAUAGUGACAAUGGAAGCGAUAGCAGUGAGCAAAACAGCGAUAAUGAUGAGGACGAUCUCAUCGACAAGGAAUUAUCGGCCUUGGAUAUCGCCGACACCGAUGCGGUUUACUCAAAAGACGUUCGUACUCUGUAUAGUACCUUAUACCAGGUGGCCCGCGAGUGUGUUGAGAAAGUCACUGCUCGGAAUUUGACGAAGUUUGAGCAUUUGAUGAAGCCUGUGACUUUGGAUAAGUCGCAAUUUUCCAAUAUUCUAUAUCAGGAUGAAAUCGAUCGCGAGGUCCCUGUGAUCUUGGAAUCCUGCAAGCUGAGCGAUGACAAAACUGCCAUUCUAGGGCAUGUGUCCGUGCGAAAUGUCAGCUAUUCCAAAGCUGUGACUGUCAGAUACACGUUUGAUGAUUGGAAGACUGUCGUUAAUAUUGAGGCCUCUUACACCUCGAACAUUCCAAAAAUCUUACGCUCCGCCGGCUAUGAUCGUUUCCUAUUCCAGAUAUCUGUGCCAAUGCUCUUCUGCCAAUACUUUGGCAGUCAUAUGAUAUCGGCUCAAAAAGCGCCUGAGGUUGCAUUCUGCAUUCGGUACACUUCCGGAGGCCAGGAAUUUUGGGAUAAUAACUUUGGCCAUAAUUAUAUGCUCAAGUUCCUCACGAAACGGAGAUCAUUGCCUCAAGGAGAUGCUUUCACCUCGUCGGAAAUGGCUCGCAGGUAUGUCCACAACGUUUUAAAGGAUGAUGCCGAUCUGGAAAGCAAUGUAUCGGGCGAAACCAAGAAAAGCGAGCAAGCUAUAUCUUCCCACACUAAGCCAACAUCUCUACCGGCAGAAUCUCGCUUGAGGAAAUCAAAGGCUUUUAAAGAUCGCAAUGGUAAAAAAUUGGAAACUGACGCACUCAACGCAAGCAUCUACUCCAUUUGUAAUGAGUUGGAGGCCGCUAAUUCGCCUGGAACCCCAGCCGUUCUCAGGGGAUCUACAGGUCAUGUGAGUGGAAUUAAGCAUAACUUCGAUGUCGGUUCUCCCGACUCAAUCGAGCCCCUGGAUCCUCUGUUUACUCCAGCUUCAGAACAGAAAGGAAUCGAUGUUUUUAACAUCUUACCUGAUCCGCGAACUGGUUCUGAAGAAAAGGAGGAUGCAGAUUCCAAACCUAGAGUCACGCCAAGUCAGGAAACCGGCGUCAACUCUGAAUCCUACCAAGAUCUGCUCAAAAAGUACUGUUUUUUCAAGAGCCCCAAAACUGUAUCCUCAUUUUUACAGGGAGAUGAGAACGAUGCCGACCAGAUGCUGAACAACGGCAGUAGUGGUCGGGGUUUUUACUGA